UGCACCAAAGUAUUCAAGUGUAUUAAUGGGUAUUUCUAACUUUGCCUGUAAUAUCACUGGUUUUAUUUCACCAGAAGUGGUUGGAAGUCUUACAGAGCACGGAAUAUUCAUCAUCAAUGGGCAAUUGUAUUCUAUAUCACGGCUGCCAUCGAGGUUUUUGGAAUGCUCUUGUAUCUUGUAUUUGGUUCGUCAGAAAAACAACCAUGGGCUGAUAAUUGAGUCGUUCACUCACUUUCUGAAGUCUCUGUGUCCUCCCAGAGCAUUUUUAUGUUUUAUAAUUCAUCGUUCUUUUAUUUUUAAUCACUAUAACAUUCAAUAUUUAGAAAAUAUUUAUUAAAUUUUUGUUGCAGUACAGUUGUUUUUCUUUGCACGCACAGUCGUACACUACGUGCACCGCAGUGCAGCAGCAGUCCAGUAUCCACUGACUUGGAUAUGUGUUUUAGUCACGUGAUCUAAUUUCGGUAACUUUGUGACAUUCAUUUAUACUGAUCAUACACUUUAUCUUGUAGUCAUUUCACCCAUUUGCAAUUUUCAAAACAUUUAAAAUUUGUAAAUACUGACAGUAAUAAAAUAUCAAUGAAUGACUUAAGUCACUCGACUUAAUUUGUCAAAAAUAACAGGUGCAUGUCUUGUCAACAACACUAGGUACAUGUCAUUGAUAUCAAUGAUUAAUCCAGGUGCCUUGAUCAAAUUUACUAAAUCAUAAAAGCCACUCACUCAUGCUAUUCAAGUCAGUUAAAAUAACUGCAAACGUUGGUCAGCCAAGAUCUUACAAGCUAGACCCAAGCAUGGCACACAUGCAAAAUGUCAAUGACAACCAUAGAGUCCUGAUGUCCACCAAGCAAUUCAGGAGGAAAAGAUCAAGGAAACUCAUACCGACUGUACCUGAAAAAUGGAAGGAAGAAUUUGACAAAUUAGCACUGAAACCAAGGUCAAUCCAAAUCAAAUUGCUAAAUCCACACAUCACGUGUCCAGUUUGUCAAGGAUAUUUAGUUGAUGCUACAACAAUAACUGAAUGUCUACACUCAUUUUGUAGAAGUUGUAUUGUGAAGCAUUUUGAGAGAGUUCGUUGCAACUACAAAUGUCCACUAUGCCAUGAGCUUGUGCAUAAAACAAAUCCUUGGUAUAAUCUGAAAACCGAUUGUGUUCUUCAGGACAUAGUUAAUAAACUGGUACCUGAUUUUGCAGAAGCUGAAGAAAGAUGCCGAAGAGUUUUCUACAAAAGCAGGGGACUUGCCAUCCCAGACAAAGUCAUAAAACCAGACAUACAGAGACCUCAAAUUAAUCAUGCUACAGUUACAAGAGCAGAAAGUACCUACUCUCAAUCACACCCACAACAAGUAGAAGCACCUUUGGAACCUAUUGAAAAUACACCAGAAUACUACAUUGAAGAUGAGAAUGAUGAAAUUACAAUGCAACUUGAAAUGAAAAGUGUUGAUGAAUUCACACUUGAAGAUAUAGAGCCAUUGAAAAGAAAAUUUGUCCGUUGCUCGAAUCAGGUGACAAUUGGAUUACUUCAAGCAUUCUUAGCAAAGAAAUUGAAUCUUGAAGCUGCAAAUCAGAUUGAAAUAAUUUGUAAUGAUAUGGAAAUGGGAUCAGACUUUACUUUGCAGUUUAUAAAAGAAACUAUUGCCGAGGAAGAAGACAGCAGUAAACCAUUGCUUUUGUAUUAUGGUCUCAGUGAUAUAUACUGAGCAUAAACUAGAGAAGAGUGAGGAAAGUGUUAAUAAAAGUGAUGUUCAGGCUGACUCUUAUCAUUUCCGAACUCAAGUAAUGUUAACAAGAUGAAAGAACAAGAACACUUUACUUAACAUUGACCUGUAGGAGAACAGAUGAAUUAAAUCUAAAUCAGCAUGAUAGUAUCAGUUGCUCUCGCGACUAAAGUAAUUUAUUCCUAGUCGUUUUCCACUUAUAUAAACCAAAGAAAAGAACAAAGAAAAGUUAUUAUUACAUAACUCAAAGGUCUUACGUGCCUUUCACGUUGAUUACCACAAGCGAAAGAACUUAAGUGUGCGCUUGAAAACUUUUCAUGCAAAGCUUCAACUUGGAACAUCAACUCAUUUAAACUCUUGCCUGUCUUAUUGUAUGCCAGAAAAAGUUUAAUGUUUAUAUAUGGAAUCCAUUUAUCAUACAA